AUGGCAGGGAAGAGAGUUGUGAAGCAGUCAAAGAAAACAAAGAGGUUGGAUGUUGAUGGGGCUAUGGGAAUUCACUUGCAAGAAGAAAUAAUUAUGGACAUCCUCAGCAGGCUACCUGUGCGGCCUGUUUUUCGAUUCAAAUGUGUUUCAAAAUUUUGGAUGACAUUAAUCUCCGAGUCUUACUUUACGAUGAAGCAUCUCAAUCGUGCAAUCAAUAACCUAAGUUCCCAAAAGAUUCUUUUUAUUAGCCAACGGAAUGGCGAGUUUUCCUUGUACUGUUCCUCUUUAUCGUCGGUUCGACUGUUUGAGGAUAUACAAAAGCUUGAUUGGCCUUCUAACCGUAAACCAUGGAGUUGCAGAUUAUACUGUUGUUACAAUGGCUUGGCUCUUAUUGGGAUUGGUAAUUAUCCUGAGUAUAAACACCACAUACUUUUGCUAUGGAACCCCUCCACAGGAGAAUCAAUAGUACUUCCAGAUCCAAGUUUUUCACCUAAAAGACUUUAUAUUUGCGGAUUGGGAUAUGACCUGACUAGUGAUGACUAUAAGAUCCUGAAGAUUGAUGGCGCCUCACGCAAUGAAAUUAUCACGCUGAAAAGUGGUUCCUGGAGAAAAAUUGAGAAACAUCCUAUUGGUGUUUACCCCGUGUUGACUGAUAUGGAUUCUUUGGCAUUUGUACAUGGAGCAUUUCAUUGGCUUGAUUCGUCACUUAAUAAUUCUGUGGUUUCUUUUAGUAUUUCAAAUGAGGUGUACGGAGAAAUUCCAUUGCCAGAGGGAAUGUCUUUGGACGGUUUCAACAUGGAUAACAUAAUCUAUGGCGUUUCGGUAUUUGAAGGAAUGCUUUGUGUUUAUUCUACUCAUAUCAGGAAGUACACUUUAUGGGUAAUGAAAGACUAUGGUGUCAAGGAAUCUUGGUAUCAAUUGUUUACUAAACAAGGUACCGAUGGUUAUUCAAUCAUACCGAAAUACAGGUUUUCAGAUGGUGAAGUGUUACUUUGUUGCAGAAAUUUGCUACGUACUGAUUCUGUAUUUAAGACAUCCAAAGAAUCAUCUGACUUAUGGCCUCAAUCUGAUUUGGAACGUAUUCAGAACGGAUUCGUUUAUACAGAAAGUUUGAUCUCUCCAAAGCUACUUACUUAG